AUGAGCAAGCUGUGUGGCAAAGAACCGAUGAUUCAAUGCGAUUCCUGCGAAGCUGACUCGAUCAUUGUCGACAACCAAGUUCGGUAUCCGUGCUUCAAGUGCCACAAAACCUUCAAAUGGAAAUCGUACAGAGCGGCACAUUUGAGAAAGCAGUGCUCGGGCAACGAACCCCAGUACCAGUGUGAAGGAGACAUUUCAUUUUCUGGAUCCGAUGGAAUCAGAUAUCAGUGUGUGAAAUGCAAUAGAACGUACAAGAACAAGUACGACCGAAACAAGCACAUGAACACCCAGUGCGGCAAAGAGCCCAAGUUCCAUUGUCGUUUCACUCGAGGAGACGUUGUAACUCAAGACGGACGUUUUCCAUGUCCAAAAUGCGGCACUACUUACAAACACAAAUACUCGCGCGAUUAUCACGUGAAAAAUUAUUGUGGCAAAGAGCCCAAGUAUUGCUGCAAGUUGUGCAAUUAUAAAUCCAAGUGGUCGUCUGAUCUCAAGAACCAUGUCGUUUUCAAGCAUGAUACAAAUACCCUAAACGAGUUGAUUUCAAUAGCAGAGGACCAUGAGCAACGCUACCCCUGUCCCAGAUGUGGCACCACCUACAAGCACAGAUACUCUCGCGACUAUCACGUGAAAAACUUCUGCGGUCUCGAACCGAAAUUCAAGUGCAAACUGUGCGACUACCGGACAAAGCGAAUAUCCGAUUUGAAGAGUCACACGGUCUCCAAGCAUAGUUCGAGCAUUUCAUUUUGA